CCAAUAUUCCAUCUGACCCCUAUCUUCAAUCUCUUCCAUGGCUGAUUCCUCCUUUGAAAUCGACUACUCCUCUUCCCUAAACUACCACCACCAACGCCAUAACACGCUGGCUUCACCCUAUGCCUCAAGUUCUUCCACGCCACUCCACUCUGCCCGAGUGUCCCGCCCCACUCCAAGGAGGCUCCAUCAGCGCACUCCUGCCACGCCUUUUGCCAUGGACGAUGACAUGUCAUGGCAAAGUGAAGUUUCAUGGCAGUUUGAGCCUUCUGGUUGGCAUGACAGCCGCAAUUUGGGUGCCACCCUUAGUCCUUGGGCGGCAUCCAGCACCUCAUCAUUAAACAGGAGGGUAUUUCGUCGACGCUCCGCUAGUGAAUAUUAUCUUUCUCACACCUCCGGAAGGUUUAGAAGCUUUGCAAAUCCGUUCUAUGAGCUUUCACGUUAUGGAGCUGUGCCUUCAGGAAGGCUUGAGCUUCAAAGCUAUAUUGCUAGAGAUAAUGACAGUUCAUCACAUCACCAUCUGGGAGAUCUUAUUAAGUCUCAUAACGAGAUUUCAAGGCUGGCUACUAUUAGAGAAGGGAGAAGUAGAAAUGGUGCUAGUCCGUUGGCUGAACAUGAUGAGCUUAGCACUAUAGAUUAUGACACUCCAGAAGAUGUUGAGAGACAAAUACGCCUAUUAGGGACUGAUCCUAACCUUCAUACAGGCGCCGGUGCGAGUCGGUUUUCAGUUUCACAGGCUUAUAUGGAUGCUGAUCAGGACGUUAAGCUUGGAGGACAUCAUCAUGGUCGUGGACUAUCACAUCAGAGUAGCCAUGAGCAUGGUAGGAGUCAUUACACUAGGCACAAUGUGGACAGUGAUCUUGAUUCAGUAAUACUGCAUAAGCUUGACGGUCAUGGUGCUUGGCAAUCAACUAGUCAUCAUUUUGGUGGUGAUCAUCGGUAUGAUGAUCUUGGUGGGCAUGAUAAUGAAGGGCAUGAUGAUAAUGAAGAGGAAGAGGGUGGAGAGCCACCAAGGCCGGUUGGUUUGUUCAGUUUGUUCAAGUAUUCAACAAAAUGGGAUGUGGUACUCGUGAUUUUGGGUUGUUUAGGAGCCCUGAUAAAUGGGGGUUCACUUCCUUGGUAUUCUUACCUUUUUGGUAAGUUUGUCAAUAAGAUUGCUAGAGAAUCAUUGAAAAGUGACAAAACCCGGAUGAUGAAGGAUGUAGACAAGAUAUGUAUACUUAUGUCUGGCUUGGCUUUAAUAGUGGCGGUUGGAUCAUACUUAGAAAUUACCUGCUGGAGGCUAGUUGGGGAACGGUCAGCUCAACGAAUUAGAACAAAGUACUUGAGAGCAAUUUUGAGACAGGACAUCAGCUUUUUUGACACAGAAGUAAGUACCGGUGACAUUAUGCAUGGUAUUUCAAGUGAUGUUGCUCAUAUCCAGGAAGUUAUGGGAGAGAAGAUGGCACAUUUCGUUCACCAUGUAUUCACCUUCAUAUGCGGCUAUGCAGUUGGGUUUUCGCAGUCAUGGAAAGUGUCACUGGUAGUUUUUGCAGUUACCCCACUAAUGAUGUUCUGCGGUAUUGCUUAUAAAGCUGUUUAUGGUGGUCUCACGGCAAUGGAAGAGGUUUCUUACAGCAGAGCUGGUACCAUUGCAGAGCAAGCAAUAAGUUCAAUUAGAACAGUAUUUUCUUUUGUUGCUGAGGACAAUUUGGCUGCAAGAUAUGCUGAAUUAUUGGCAAACUCAGUGCCUCUUGGUGCAAAGAUUGGCUUUGCUAAGGGUGCGGGAAUGGGGGUUAUUUAUUUGGUCACAUAUUCAACAUGGGCAUUAGCUUUUUGGUAUGGUUCAAUCUUGGUUGCUAGAAAAGAGAUUUCUGGCGGCGCAGCAAUUGCCUGCUUCUUUGGUGUCAAUGUGGGGGGAAGGGGCUUGGCGUUAUCACUCACGUAUUUUGCUCAAUUUGCCCAAGGCACUGUAGCAGCAGGUCGUGUAUUUGCUAUUAUAGACAGGGUUGCGGAGAUAGACCCCUAUAACCCUGAGGGUAGGACAUUAUCCCGUGUUACAGGAAAGGUAGAGUUUAAGGGUGUCACUUUUGCUUAUCCAUCUCGUCCCGACACUACAAUUCUCAGUUCUCUCAAUUUAGUUAUUCCAUCAGCAAAGACUCUUGCAUUGGUUGGGGCCAGUGGAGGUGGCAAGUCCACCAUCUUCGCCCUCAUUGAGAGGUUCUAUGAUCCUGACAAGGGAACCAUCACCUUGGAUGGCCAUGACUUAAGGACACUGCAAGUGAAGUGGCUAAGAAGGCAGAUUGGUAUGGUUGGGCAAGAGCCAGUUCUCUUUGCCACCACCAUAUUGGAAAACGUCAUGAUGGGCAAGGAAAAUGCCACCCAGAAAGAAGCUGUUGCAGCUUGUGUCGCUGCUAAUGCCCAUAGCUUCAUCUAUGACCUUCCACUAGGAUAUGAUACUCAGGUUGGAGCUAAGGGAACUCAGUUAUCAGGUGGGCAAAAGCAGCGAAUUUCUCUAGCUCGUGCCUUGAUUAAAGAUCCUAGAAUCCUUCUCUUAGAUGAGCCUACUAGUGCCCUGGAUUCUGAAUCAGAGGCAGUUGUCCAACAAGCCAUUGACAAGAUUUCUAAGGGCAGAACAACAAUUGUCAUUGCUCACAGGUUAGCAACGGUAAGAAAUGCUAACACUAUUGUUGUUCUUGAUCAUGGCUCGGUUGUUGAGACUGGUAACCAUCAUCAGCUAAUGGAGAGAAAAGGGGCCUAUUAUAAGCUUGUCAAGCUUGCUUCUGAAGCAGUUUCAAAACCUUCAUUGAAUGAGACAAAUACUCAAAAGGGAAUUGAGUUUUCCACAUAUGAGAACUCAGCGUAUGAAGCAUCAAGAUCACCUUAUGCGUACGAAACAAGGUCAAAGUACUUAAAGUCCAUCCAAGAAGUUAACCAAGUAGAGAAGGAAAUACAACAAAGGCAAAAGCCUAGAAAUUUUCCAAUUUCAGACGUAUGGACUCUACAAAGACCAGAGCUCUUCACGCUUUCGCUAGGUUUCCUGUUGGGUAUCCAUGCAGGCGCUAUUCUCUCCAUAUUCCCCUUGCUUUUAGGCAGAGCUCUUCAAGCUUACUUUGAUGACAGCGCAAAAACCAUGAAGAGAGAAGUUGGGAAACUCUCCUUAGCUCUGGUUGGCCUAGGCUUUGGUUGUAUAAUUUCUAUGACCGGACAACAAGGCUUCUGUGGUUGGGCUGGGACGAAGCUCACAGUAAGGGUAAGAGACCUCUUAUUUCGGUCAAUAUUGAAACAAGAACCUGGUUGGUUUGAUUUCGAGGACAAUUCCACUGGAAUCCUUGUUUCAAGACUCUCUGUUGAUUGUCUCAGCUUUCGAUCAGUCCUUGGGGAUCGUUACUCAGUCUUGUUGAUGGGUGUGAGUUCAGCCGCUGUGGGCCUUGGCGUCUCAUUUUUCCUCGAAUGGAGAUUAAGCCUCUUGGCUGCUGCUCUUACUCCUUUCACUCUUGGUGCAAGCUACUUGAAUUUGAUUAUAAAUAUUGGACCAAAGUUAGAUAACAAAUCUUAUGCCAAAGCUAGCAACAUCGCUUCUGGUGCAGUUUCAAAUAUAAGGACAGUGACAACAUUUUCUGCUCAAGAAGAGAUAGUUAAAUCCUUUGAUAAAGCUUUAUCGGAGCCUAGGAAACAAUCGGUGAAAAAGUCACAACUUCUUGGCCUGACAUUUGGUCUUUCUCAAGGUGCCAUGUAUGGUGCAUAUACUUUGACACUUUGGUUUGGUGCCUACCUUGUAAAACAAGGCAAGACAGAUUUUGGUGAUGUAUAUAAAAUCUUUCUCAUUCUUGUGUUAAGCUCAUUUUCAGUUGGACAACUAGCUGGCCUUGCACCUGAUACCAACAUGGCUGCCCAAGCAAUUCCUGCUGUUUUUGAUAUCAUUAAUCGUAGGCCAUUGAUUGGUAAUUUUCAAGAGAAAGGUAGAAAAAUUGAACACUCCAAGUCAUUGGAUAUCGAAUUGAAAAUGGUGACAUUUGCUUAUCCAUCUAGGCCUGAAGUGAUUGUGUUGAGGGACUUUUGUUUAAAGGUCAAAGGUGGUAGCAUGGUAGCAGUGGUAGGUGCAAGUGGGUCAGGGAAAUCAACUGUGAUAUGGUUGGUACAAAGAUUUUAUGAUCCAAAAGAAGGGAAGGUAAUGAUUGGAGGCAUAGAGUUGAGGGAGAUCAAUCUGAAAUGGUUAAGGAAACAAAUGGCCUUGGUAGGUCAAGAGCCUGCUCUGUUUGCUGGAAGUAUAAGGGAAAACAUUGCAUUUGGGAACCCAAAUGCCACAUGGGGUGAGAUUGAAGAGGCUGCAAAGGAAGCUUACAUUCACAAGUUCAUAAGUGGUCUCCCUGGAGGCUAUGAAACUCAGGUUGGAGAGAGCGGGGUCCAGCUAUCAGGCGGUCAAAAACAAAGGAUAGCAAUAGCAAGGGCCAUACUGAAGAAAUCAAGAGUGCUGCUGCUAGAUGAAGCAAGCAGUGCACUGGACUUGGAAUCAGAGAAACAUGUCCAAGAUGCACUAAGGAGGGUUUCCCAGCGGACCACCACAAUUAUAGUAGCCCACAGGCUUUCUACAAUUAGGGAAGCCAAAAUGAUAGCUGUCGUGAAAGAUGGUGCGGUUGUGGAGUAUGGUAGCCAUGAUACUCUUUUGGCUUCCCAUCUUGAUGGUGUGUAUGCUAGCUUGGUUCGUGCUGAAAGAGAAGCCAAUGCCUUUUCUUGA